UGAACAGGGAACGCUAUCUGAAUAGAGAAUUCUUCAAUGCGCCAAGAUUUUAAUCAAAAUCCCGCUUUGGGAAAGAAUCAGGAUGAAAUUUCCAGUUGAGAAUCCAAGGAAACAAGUGAACUGGGACCCCGAGCAAGUGGUGGCUCAGACAAACAUGGCGCCCCCUAAAAAGGUGCAGGCAGGUGCAGCACAGUGCAGCCUCGUCCAAGCCAGUGUGACCGCCAUGCAGAACCCCAUGGGCUGUGAGCUCAAAGGGAACGAGCACUGCCCUCUCCCACGGCUCUCCGUCUCCUCCCGCUCGGCAAGCAUAGUUGCCAGCAUGGACACUGGUGUGGAUGGCUCGGCGCUGCACUCUGUCAUGAAAUGGAAGACAGUGCUGGCCGUGUUUGUGGUGGUGGUAACCUACCUGGUGGGGGGAGGACUGGCGUUCCAGGCUCUGGAGCAACCCUUCGAGAAUGACCAAAAGAACACCAUCACCCAGGAAAAGGCCCUGUUUCUACAGAGGAACCCUUGUGUGUCACCUGCAGAGCUUGAAGCCCUUAUCAAGCAUGCAGUAGAUGCAGUCAGUGCUGGGGUCAGUCCUAUUGGAGACACGUCCUAUAAUUCCAGUCACUGGGACCUGGGUAGUGCCUUUUUCUUUGCUGGAACUGUCAUUACUACAAUAGGUUAUGGGAACAUUGCUCCCAGCACAGAGGGUGGCAAAAUCUUCUGCAUCCUGUAUGCCAUAUUUGGCAUUCCUUUGUUUGGGUUUCUGCUGGCUGGCAUUGGUGAUCAGCUGGGCACCAUUUUUGUUAAGAGUAUAUUAAAGGUUGAGCAAGUUUUCAAGCAGAAGCAUAGAGAGAUUAGUCAGACCAAAAUUCGAGUCACCUCAACAAUCCUCUUCAUCCUGGCGGGCUGUGUUGUCUUCGUCACCGUCCCAGCUGUCAUCUUCAAACACAUUGAAGGCUGGACAACACUGGAGGCCAUCUACUUUGUUGUUAUUACUCUCACAACUGUUGGUAUAGGGGAUUAUGUGGCAGGUGGGGACAGAAGGAUUGAAUACAUGAAAUGGUACAAACCACUAGUUUGGUUCUGGAUCUUAGUGGGUCUGGCAUAUUUUGCUGCUGUUCUGACCAUGAUUGGAGACUGGCUAAGAGUGCUUUCCAAGAAGACUAAAGAGGAGGUAGGGGAGUUCAAGGCCCAUGCUGCUGAGUGGAAAGCCAACGUGCGGGCGGAGCUGAGAGAGACGCGGCGGCGCCUGAGUGUGGAGCUUCACGACAAGCUACAACGGGCCGCCACCAUCCGCAGCAUGGAGCGCAGGCGCCUGGGUCUAGAGCAGCGUGCCCAUUCCCUUGACAUGCUCUCUCCUGAAAAGAAGGCUGUGUUCGCCAGCUUCGACAGGGGACGCUUUAAGACACCCUCACAGGAGAGCAUUGACGGCAGGCUCUCUGGAUUACGCGUGAAGGGCGAGCUCUAUGAGAGGUCCGCUGGCCCACAAGCCUCCUCGGAGGAAAGCAUUGUUGGCCGCUUUGGCUCCCUCACCAAGUUAGCCAAACGGCACCGGAGCCGUGAGCCGCGCACCGCUGCCACCAUGGAUGACACUCUCCGAGUACGUGCCUGCGAGCCGCUCAGCACCAACAGCAGCAACACCACCCUGGCAGAGGAGAGGCGGGAGGCUGGCGAAGAUGAGGGUGCACAGGAGGAGGUGGAGAAAGAGGGCGACACCAGUCUCUAUGCCAGUUCAUACACUGAGUUGCCCAAGCAGCAGAAUGGUUUUGUGCCAGCUCAGGCCAAAGAGAGGGAGUGUGACAAAAUGCUGGCACAGCAAGAACACCAGCCAUAGGCAGGCCUUUGACAUGGCGAGGCAAGUUUUUCAUUAAAGCCACAGAAUGUGCCUUUCUGUUAUGUAUGCUAUGGCUUGACUCAUUAUGGGGAAUAUUAGUUAAAAUCCACUAUUCCCAAACAGAAGUUACAUGUUGGUUGCCAAAAAAUGUGAGCUAUCAGAGGUCAUGGAAUUGCCUCCUGAAGGUACUUAAGUAUGAAGCAUGUUAUGUUUUUUGCAUUGUGUGAAAUAUUUACCAUUUUGGUGCCAGAGACUCCUGAUAUAGCCAUAUGUAUCCAUGUGAAAGAGGGUGUGAAUCUAAGACGUUUGAGCAACCAUUUACCAAUGGCUACUUUGAGAGAAACGGCUGCUGUGAGGCGCAGUCACUUUGCAUCUAGACAUAUCUAGGAUGUAAGUUUACAUAGUCCAUGUCACAGACUUUAGUACAAGCUAGUUUUAAGCACAGAUGUCAUUCAAAAAUUGAAUGUGCACAUGUGGUUUACUCAUCAACACACUAACUGCGUGCCAUCAAUUAAUUUAACAUUCUGAAGAAUGAAAACAUAAUAUUCAAAUAUAUAUGCUCCAUUCUUGUUGAUUAAUCAAUAUUAUAAUAAUUAGCAAGACCAGUAUUUAUAAAAAUAAUUAUCACAAACCAAUCCUAAAAAUUGGGCAACUGAGGGUGUGUUGGCAGGUCUGUCAGUAUGUCGCACCUGCUGAAUCCAAGAGUGGUAGUAGAUCCCUAGGUCCAGUCGGAUUUGCUGAAACUUUUGAAUUCAGAAAAAAGACUAAACUACUUUCGUAGUUUAGAUCACAUUUUAAUCCCCAUUAUUACACAACCAACAUCUGAUCUCUUUUAGUGCUUAAACAAUAAUGUCUUCCAGCAUCAGAAAUUAUAAUCAUACAAACUUACUUAAACAAAACAAAAAUAAUAAAAUCCUUACCCUGAUAAUGGGCAUGCUGCUGAUCAUUGUUUGGUGAUGCAAGGACAAACACUUUCUACUUCUCUUUGAGGAUUUGAAAUAACUCAGUAACUAAUUGUGUACACACAGUCCUGUUUAUGUCAUUUGGUGGCACUUAUAACCAGUUAUCAUUAGGGGAUUUGAAGUGAUAAACGUUUUUUAUUUAACUGAUGAUCCUACUGCUGUAAAUGAGUUUAAAUGCCUACUACUAAAAUGCUAAUAACACUAAAUAAAUAACAUGCGAUUUCAAGAGCUGUUUUAUAAGCAGUGCAUCAAAAGCAGUGAGUGCCUUUUGAA